GCCGCCACCGCGUCCAUGACCGCGACCCCCGGGCCGGGGACUCCUGCCGCCGCCGCCGCUGCCGCCGGCCCUCAAUCCUGUCGCCGCUCGCCGCCUGCGCCCGUUGAGAAAGACGGGAGCGACGCCAAUGUGAGCAUGGCUGUGGCCGUGGAAGAAGCUCCGUGGAUGGGCUGGGUCGUCGCGAAAGCCCUGAUGAGAUUUGCCUUCAUGGUCGCCAACAACCUGGUUGCUAUUCCAUCCUACAUCUGCUAUGUAAUCAUACUGCAGCCCCUCCGGGUGCUGGACAGUAAGCGCUUCUGGUAUAUCGAGGGACUCAUGUACAAAUGGCUUUUAGGAAUGGUGGCGUCCUGGGGAUGGUACGCUGGAUACACAGGUAAGGGCGAGAGCACGCUACAGCAUAUGAGCCAAUUUGCAAUGUUACGCAUAAGUCAGGAGCCAUGAUUGAGUGUAUAUUAUGCUUU